AUGAAAACCCGGUUUUCCCUCUUAAUAGGAUCACAAAAUAAUCAGACAUCUGUUCCUAGCACUUCAAAAAGCGAUAUAUCGCAUGUUCAAGUUACAUCGAAUUUUACUCCAUCGCAUUUAUAUCCAUCAUGGCCAUUGGGUUCAAAUAUGAAUUUAUGCAUAUAUGUUUCAGAAGAUGAGAAUUUUACUGAUUUCAAAAACCUUGAUGCUCGUAUAUGGUAUUCUUCUGUUCUUCUUGGUAAUUGGGAUGAAGAAAGAGAUGAAUCCAUAGAUAUUCAAACCUCCGUGAAUGUACAAAACAAUGGCACCUUGUAUGCGCAUAUUUAUCUUACUCUUGAAAAAGCUUCACCUGAUCCGUUAGAUCCCGCAUACCAAGAAAACUUGAGAGUUUAUCAAAGAAAAUUAUUAACAAGAUAUUAUCCAAAACGCAAAAUGAUAAAGACAAAGAACCUUAUUAGUAAUGAUGACCAGGAUGAAAAAGUCGAAGAAGAAACAAAACCAGACACAAUACCAAUUAUAUCGUAUUGGUACAAAAAUCUUACGAUUAAUAUUGUUUCAGAUAACCAUGUCAUCCCAUAUAAUCAAUUACAGCCUCUCUUCAAAUCAUAUAUUGAAUUAGAUAAAACAACAUUAGUGGAUCCUUCGAGCAAAGCAGGAUAUUAUCUUCCUACAUUAUUUGUUAAUGAUUUUUGGCUCAUCAGAGAACAUUUGACUCCUAUUAAUGAAACAGUCAAUUUAUUUAGGACGCUGCCUUUAAAUAUCAAAUACUAUCCUAUUUCAGCGUGGAAAUUACAAUUAUAUGUUCAAAUGGGAGAAUCAUUCAGGACACAGGCAGAAAUGAUGGGUGGGGAUGCACACAGUGAGUUUGAUGAAAUUAAAAGAAUGUUAAGAGAGACGAAUCCUAUUCUGCUAGGUGUAACAUUCACAGUAUCAAUACUGCACAGUGUUUUUGAAUUCUUGGCCUUUAAAAAUGAUAUUGCUCAUUGGAGAAAUAAAGAAGAAUUGACAGGAGUGUCAGUUAGAACUAUUUUAGCAAAUAUAUUCUUUCAGCUAAUAAUAUUUUUAUAUUUAAUGGAUAAUAAUGAAGAUACAAGUUGGAUGAUUUUAAUUGGUCAAGGGAUUUCAUUGGCUAUUGAAGUUUGGAAAAUUAAAAAGGCUGUAGACAUUGAAAUUAAACCAUCUCAAAGUUUUUUCAAAUAUUCAAUAAAUUUCAUAGACAAACAUAAGCUUUCAGAGAGCGAAGAGAAAACAAAGGAAUAUGACAGACUUGCUUUCAGAUAUUUGUCUUGGAUAGCUUUCCCAUUGCUAAUUGCAUAUGCUAUUUACAGUCUUAUUUAUAACACACACAAGAGCUGGUAUUCCUUUGUUUUGACAACUCUUGUUGGUUUUGUUUAUGCAUUCGGCUUUAUAAUGAUGACCCCACAAUUAUUUAUAAAUUACAAACUUAAGAGCGUUGCACACAUGCCUUGGAAGACACUUAUGUACAAAACUCUUGGUACAUUUGUUGAUGAUUUAUUUGCCUUUUGUAUUAAAAUGCCAACCUUACAUCGUUUGGCAUGUUUGAGAGAUGAUGUAAUCUUUUUUGUUUAUCUAUAUCAAAAAUGGAAAUAUCCAGUUGACAAUAAGAGAGCAAACGAAUAUGGUCAAGUCGCGCAAGAUAGUCGAGAAGAAGUAGAACAAAUAGAUCAAACAGAAAGUAAAAAAGAUAAAUAA